AGGCUCGGAAGCGGAAGUGUCGCACACACGUGUGUGUCUCUCUCUGCUCCCGUUCAUUCAUUAGUGCAGUGUGUUAAGGUUUAUUUUAUAUUUAAUAUAAUUAAAGAAGAUGAUAAAGGAGAAUCGUUGGACUAUUCCUGUAAACGCUCCGGCGUGUAUGGAGAGACAUCUGGACGCUGUGCAUUACAGAGACGAUGGGACUCUGUUACUCGCUGCCUCCAGUCUGUCAGGUCGUUGUUGGCAGGGUUCACUAUGGGUGUACAGUGACCCUAAACUCGCCCCUAGUGAAGGUUUCUGUAAGGCGGGUGUACAGACUGAAGCUGGGGUCACUGAUGCCAGAUGGAUCUCAGAUAGAGCCAUGCUGUUAGGAUCAGACUCAGGUUCAGUAGAGUUGUGGUCUCUGGCUGAAGAUGAGCGUUUGCUGAUGAACAGAUUUAGUCAUCAUGAACACGAUGAUGUUGUGACGUCCAUUAGCUCCACUGCAGGAGCUCAACACGCAGUCAGCUGCGGUACGGACUGCAGAAUCAAAGUGUGGGAUCUCAACCAGGAGACUGUGAUCAGCUCAUAUAAUGCUCACUCACUGCCGGUCAACUGUGUGUCCUGUUCACCGCUGGAUGACUCUCUGUUUUUGUCCUGUGCUCAGGACGGCCGACUGCUGAUGUGGGACCGAAGGAAACCCAAACCUGCCACCCGCCUGGAUGUGGUUUCUCCGAGCUGCAGUCCGACUGCCGUCACCUGGCAUCCUCAUCAAAGCAGCACCAUUGCAUACGGUGAUGAAUUGGGUCGAGUGACUCUUCAGGAUCUGCAGGCGCCAGACGGCAGACAGACGGCAAACCUUCACAGUCGUAGAGUUUCAGGAUUGACGUUUUCCUCAGACAGUUCACCCCGCCUGGCCUCCGUCAGUGAUGAUUGCUCUGUUGCCGUGGUUACUGCAGAGCUCAGAGAAAUUUAUCGAGACAGACGACAUCAGGACUUUGUGCGUGCCGUGUGUUGGGUUCCCGGCGGUUCGGCCGUGUUGACCACGGCGGGGUGGGAUCAUCAGGUUCUACAUCACAGCGUGGGCCAAUCAGAACCCUAGAGCAUCAUGGGAAACGGGACACAGGUCUCAUUCCUAUUUCUGUUGCUUCUUGUAACCGUCAAUUAUUCACCUUAAAAUAAAACUCGAUUUUGGAUUCAUAGUAACAUCAACAUUCAGAUUGUACUGUAAGAGCAGAAAUAGGAAUGAAUACAGAUUGUUUUUUAUUAUUAGGAUUUAUUUUCAUAACAUAUUUCAUGCAUUUAACUCCACUGAGGUCAAAUAAAAACUUGUGCUCUUUAA